AUUGAUGAUUGAGUGAAUGAAUGAAUGGACGACUUAGUAGGUCGCACUUUACCCCUGAAGUUUGGCUCGUCUUUUGAGUCCAAACCAAGUUCCCAGUCGCCCUCUUGUGGUGGAGACAAGUACCACACUGUGAAAUAUGAUUUCAAACCGGCCUCUCUCGCCCGCCACUUGCCAGGAGAGGUCGUCGUUCAGUCAGAUCGGGAGGUCACCAUCAGUCUCCCCCAGACAGUCGCCCAGUUCGCAGCUGGAGCUGGCGAGGAACCAGUGCCAGAGGUCAUCACAGAAGAUGUAGUCUACAAAGGAAACAAAAAACCAGCUCAGAAGGAAUGCGUGCUCAUAAUCGACCACGAGACGGGCGAAGUGACUUUGGAAAAGCUUGAGUCUGUCAUAAUGGUGAAGAAGACACGCAAGGAAAGAACGCCGGCUCAGAUAGCGGCUUUGAACAGACAACUUCAGCAGCAGUCACAGAAUAGUAACAACGCAACGGACGAGACUGGAGCCUCUCAGAAAACAAAUGAAGAUCCGACGGUUUGUUCUGGAUUACCAGAGGCAAUGGACGAUUCGUCCUCAUCAAAUAUUAUGCCAGUGGCGAAGUCGACAGAGCCAGAAAAGAAUGAAGCCAGAGGAAAAACGAAAAGGUUGAAGACGAAAAAGGAGCGUGCUGAGAAGUCUGAAAAAACUAGUAAACUUAACAUAUCCCCCAAAUCAUCCAAAGUUCACGAUGCUACACUUGGUGCUUCGGAGGCCAACAACGCUGUUUCUCUUCCGCAUAAAAGUUUAUCAACUGAAUCGAAUAACUUGCCUUUAUUUAGUCAUCAUUCGUCGAGUUUUGGCGUUUCGAACCAAUCACAAAGUUAUAAUCAGAAUCAGAAUGUUAUCAUAGACGAUAUGGCUAGUGCUUCUUUGCCAAUGGUUAAGGAAAAGGUAAAAAAGACAAAAGAAAGCAGCUCUAAAGAGGAGAAAAAUCUGAUGGGAAGAGUAAGCAGGCUAAGCAGCAGUGGAAGUGAUUCGGACUCGUCCGGAUCCAGUUCGGGAUCCGACUCUGACUCGUCCUCGGAUAACGGCGAAAAGGAUACUAAAGAGAAAGAGGGAGCGAAUAAAGUGCAAUUUAUACUAGGCAGUCAAGAAACGAGAAGAGAACACGCAAUGGAUGUCGAGGCGCGGAUGAAUCCAGGAAACUCAUCCUUGACUGGAUUCGAUUUAAGGGAUGACCUUCAAUUGAGUGAUUCUGAUUAGGUUGGCAUCGUCGCCGUCGCGUUCAGGUCUCACACUCCGGUCACAGCCGUGGUUCCUUUGGGUGGAAAGUGGCUCCAAUUUCAGUAACUGCGACGUCUAGUGAUUCUGGUUGCAGCGCCUGUUUCGCUGAAUCACCAAGCCGUCCAAAGGGGAAGUGAUAGCAAAGCUGUGGUGGUGGUGUCCAGUUUCAUCUUAACUGAAUCUGUGGAGCACGAGACAAAGGAACGGUUUGGUUUUAUAGCGUGAUCGAAAAUAGAAAAAAUGGCUGAAAACUUUUUUUUUUAAAAUUGGAGAUCAUUUGAGCCAUCUCCCCAUCCCCAUUCGCGUAGGGAAGAGAUAGCUCAAUGUGUACUUGAAACAUAUGUUUAUAACCACUUGAAAGUAGUUUGAAUGAUAUGAAAUCAUACACUAAGUUUUCCAACGAAUGUGGAACGCCAAAGUUUACAAUAUCAAAGCUCAAAAAAUUCACUCAGAGUGAAAAAAGAAUUAAUAAAACUGACGCAUAUAAAGCUACUUUUCUCUCCUAAAGGGAAAAAGAGCUAUUGCGUUCAGUUUUAAGGUGUCGCUGAGAACCGUUUUUGCUAUUCAGAUACAAGGUUAGAGCACCAACUCAAGUAUUUCGCUUUCCUCGAUGACGCCAUGGUCGCCCAAACAAAAGUUUGCGAAAUUUUUAAAACUAAAUUUCAAUUUUUUUUUUCGAAAUUUUUCUCGAUACUCAUAUAAAAUAAAAUUCAGUCGUCAUUUGAUUGCAUGCUACGAACACAUUAACUAUAUACUUGCGUUUGCUGACGUCUUUUUGUUUACCGUUUUUGCGGGGAGAUAGCUCAAUUGGUU